AUGACUUUGAUUCUGAUAUAACCAAAAUGAUGGAUUACCGUCCUGUCCAGUGGAUUAUCGUUGUAAUCAUCGUCGUGUCGAUAUUUUUUCUUCAAUCAAUUCAAACACAAUCAAAUAAUAAUCUUUAUGAUAAUCAACUUGAUGAUGAUGACAGUAUUGUUUCGCUAACGGAUAAAACAUUUUUCCAACAAAUACAAACCUAUAAUAAAGAUAGAUUAAUAAUAAUAAAUUAUUAUAAACAUUGGUCACCUGAAUGUCAAAGAUUUUCGAAAAUUUUUAGAAAUUUUUCUCGAUCAAUACGAUCAUGGCAAAAACAACAAAAAUUGGUUAAAUUGUUUGCUGUUGAUUGUGCGGAAAAUCUUGUUUGUCAUCAGGUUUUGCAACAACAACAACCAUCCAACGACGAUGUUGCCAACGAUGAUAAUGGAACGAUGCUAAUUGAUUUUCCAAUCAUACAAUUUAUUGGUCCAACCGGUAUUGAUAAUGUUGGUGGAAGUUAUUCAACAAAAGAUUUUGAUCGAUAUUCGAAACAAAUUAAUCAACCAGAUACAAUCGAUACAAUCGAUAAUUUACAAAAACAAACAAUCAAAUCGAUUGUUUCGAAUCAUUUUCUGGCUAAUUAUUAUUCAUUAAUACCGAUCAAAGUGAAAAAUAUUGAUGAAAUUUGUUUGAUUCUUAAACAAGAUAAUCAUCAUGAUGGUGAUCAUCAAUCAAUCAAUUUUGAACGAGAAUUGUAUGCAAUAAUUGAAUCGAAUAAUGCGGAAAUAGAAUUUGGUGCAAGGAUUAUGAUCGAUAUGAUAAAUUAUCAAAAAUUUAUUCAUAUUAAACGUUUUGUUGGUGAUCAACAAUUAAUCGAAUCAUUAUCAAUGAUUUCAUAUCCAAUUCGAUUACCAUUAAUAUUGGAAAUUGAAUCAUCAUCAUCAUCAUCAAAAUGUAAAUAUCGAACGAUUGGAUCAAGAAAAAAUUCCAAAAUAUUAUUGUAUGAAUUUCAACAAUCAAUUCGUGAUCGUUAUGGACCAAUGUUUGAUUCAGAUUCUAUCACAAUCAAUGAUCAUCGUGAUUUAACGAUUAAAAAUCAAACAAAUUCAUCAAUGAUCUAUGGUGAUGAACAUAAAGUAAUUCCCUAUAAUCUUAGCUAUGUUGAUUUACAUAAUGCAUUACGUUAUUCAUUAAUUUAUGAAAUUGUUAAUGGUCGUCGACGAUUUAAUGGUCGUCAAUUACAAGUUAUAAAACAAUUAUUUCAAACAAUUUUACAAUAUUUUCCAUUUGAUAAUGAAAAUGUUCGACGACUAUUUAAACGAAUGACCGGUUGGUUUGUCAAUAAAAAUGGUGAUCGAUUGGAUGUGUCAAAAUAUCUGGCCGCUAUACGUACGGCUGAUGGUUUCCUAAAACCAUUAGAAAGUUGGCGUCAUUGUAAUGGUAGCCUACCGAUUUAUCGUGGUUAUCCAUGUGGCCUGUGGGUUUUAUUUCAUGCAAUGACUGUACAAGAAUUUAAUUUAACCCGUAUGGCUAUAUUGAACAGGGAAAAAGAUUUAUUGUCAACAUCGACAACAAAAAAAACUAAACAAUCAAAAACAUUAUCAUUGGAACCAAAAGUAUUACCCGUAAUGCGUAAUUAUAUUGAAACAUUUUUUACCUGUUCAGAAUGUCGUCAUUAUUUUCUAAAUGUUUCCAGCAAUCUUCGUGAACAAUUACCAUAUUUAAAUAGUAGUGUUAUAUGGCUAUGGACUGUUCAUAAUCAAAUGAAUUCAAAACUUUCCCACAAUGGUGAUCCAUAUAAAUAUGAAGAUCCUUAUUAUCCAAAAUAUCAAUUUCCAACUAAAGAAAUAUGUCCAAAAUGUUUAAAUAAUUAUGGACAAUAUGAUGAACGAAAUGUUAUUGAUUUUCUUGAUUAUUAUUAUAGUAAACAAACAAUGAGAGCUAAUUCAUCUGUAAAUAACAACAAUAAUAAUAAUCAUCGUCAUUAUGUUAUGAUCAUUAUGAUGAUGAUCAUCAUCAUCAAUAUAUGGCUAUAACGACCAUGAUGAUGAUGAAAAAAAAAUCCAAAAUUAAACAUAGAUGGAUA